CUAGGUAUAUUCGCCCUGACGCCGGAAGCUUGCGACCAGUGUGAGGGAGGAAGUGCGAAAUCAUGGGCCAGCAGAGAAAAAGAAUGGGACUUCCACCUCCGAUCGCUCUCCUCCAACGACAGGGAUUCCUCCGCCGCCAGUGACCCUGCUACCCACCCCUACAUCCUCCAAACCAUCAGGAAGAUCCACGAGAUAUCCAAAGAAGGAGGAUCUGAGGAGCUGGUGGCGCGGGCGUACCCGCAGAUCAACAAGCUAUUCCAGCGAUGCAUCUCGGCGCUGCCGCAGUCGCAGACAUCCCAUGGAGUUCUCUUGCUAACUAUUCUUCAAUUUUUUCUUGAUUUUGGAGAAGUGGUUCUACAUGAUGCUGAUCCUAGUUUAAAGACCUUCUUCUGUUCAUGCUUAAUUCUUUCCUUUACUUCUAAAGCUGAUUGUGUGGAAUGGGAAGAGAUUGGUGAAUGCAUUUAUGAUGCUUUUGCCAGCAAUGAUGUCAACUGGAUCGUUCCUUCCACUUUUCCAUACACUUAUGGAUUUACCAAUACUAGUUGUGGCUUUGGAAAAAAGUUCUGGGUCUCUGGUUGGCAGCAGCAUUGGUUUGAUCCAGAAGAGUGCAGCACCUUAGAUGCUACUUGCUCUAAUGGAUGAAGCUUAUACAGGGUCAGCAAUAGAAGAUCGAGGAGGUGACUCUGGAUCUGAUGAUAAUAAUGGCAUAGAUGUUUCAGACCCUGUGUUUCUUGACUUUCUUAAAGAUGAAAAUGAUGGGAUUACUGUAAAUUAUUAUCCAUCUACCAGUAGCAUGAGGACAGCGGCAGUCAAAAUUGGCAUAUCAUCAUCAUCCCAUAUUGAGAUCAGCUAUAUAAAUCUCAUCCUUUUUUGUCCCAGCUACAUGUCCCACCUUGUCAUAUUAACCUAUCACAUUUCAAAUUAUAUUUUAAUUUAUCAAAAAAAAGUGGCCUAUUUUUUGUUGUCAAUUGCCAAGAUUCUCAAUCAUUGUUUUUAGUCCAUCCGGGCAGGCACAUGGAACUUUCAUAUUGUUAAAUUCUAACCAACAGAGUAACAACAGAAAAUCUAUGAUAUCAAAUGCAGAAGCAUAAUGGUUUUAUACAUUCUGACAUUCUAGGCUUCUAGCUAGUGGUUUUACACUCACUACAAGGUGGUCUAGCAUUUACACUUGCUGCUGCUAGAACUAAACCUAUUCACACAUCUCAUUUCAGGAACACCACUGGACAUCUCCUGCUACGGCUGCAAUAUUACAGGCAGCUAUAAAUAAUUUACACUUGCCUUACUGAUGUGAGAAUGCUGAAUCAAUGAGAGAUUCUAAAUUGAAGUGUUAAAUGAAUUUGAUGGCGAGGUAUAUAAAGCUGCAAAAGUCGAUCCGAUAGCUCAAUUUACAAAACCUAUCGCGGUAAGCUCAUGAUUUUUGGGUGUUAUGUUUAUUGACAUGUUCUUCCUUUGCUAGUCACAUAUGUACUGGGAUCAUGCUGAAGACACUCCCAAGCAAUCGUACAAUAUUCAACCUCAGUAAAGGUAGACUUUGCUCAGAUGCUUGAUGUGGACAGUCUAGGCUUCAACGCAAAGGUGGGAGCUUGGUGGAAUACACAAGUCUUGUUUCUGUUUUAUAUAAGUGUAUUGAUGUAUGUUUAUUUUGAAUAUUACUUGGAUCACCUUAAGCUAUCCUCCUCUGCGUUUGAGUUUUCAGUUUACCUCAUAGUUAUGUAUUUGUUAUAGAGAAUUUGAAGUGCAUAGGAUCUCAAAUUUAUAUGUUACCAUACAAAUCUUACAAGGCCUUUCA